CAUGGCGGCGAUCAGAGCAAAAUUAUUUGUGCAAAACAGACCACAAAAUAUACUAAAUUCAGUGAUAAAAACAAAGAUUAAUGCUUCUUCUAUAAUAAGAAGUUCAGCUUUAAUAUGUAGGUGUAUCAAUGCUAGUGCACAAGAAAACGUAGAGUCUAAAAUUCCUGCAAGUUCUUGCCAACCGGUGAAGACUCAUUUCACGAAUCGUAACCCUAGGAACGUGGAGUACGAAGGCAAGAAUAAACCAAGAGGCUAUGGAACACAGUUUUCAAGGAGAGAUUUUUACAACAAGUUAAAUUUUGUGAUAACCAAUCGUCACAUCAAAGCUUAUGUUCAGCAUAAUUCGGGGACAGUGCUUAUAUCAGCAUCUACAACAGAAUUUCCAAUAACGAAACAGUUAUACAAGACGACAGACACAACUGCCGCUGUAAAUAUUGGUAGAGUACUUGCUGACCGUUGCCUAGAAGCAGGGUUUACUAGAGUAUGCUGGGAACCAAGAUGGGUAGAUAAACACAAGAAAAGAGUCAAAGCAUUCACAACAGCUGUUCAAAAAGGUGGUUUAACUCUAAAUGAACCAAGAGCUGUUAUUCCUCUACAAAACUUCUACUCAGAUUUCACUCCAAGAAAGGCGAAAAAGAAGUGGAAAAAAAUGCCAAAUUCUGAAAAAAGAAAAUUCAUAUGAAAAAUAUUUGUAAAUAUACUAGUAUCUGAGGAAUACAGAUGCUUUGAUUAAAGAUAAUAUAAUGCUU